AUGGCUGCCCCCAACGAGAGUUCCGAGGACGUCAAUGAUUUCCUUCAGCGUAUCCGAGAACUAGGCGAGCGCCGCGACAAGGAAGAUGACGAGCGCACUAAGAAACUAGAGGAGGAGAUCCUGCAGGGCCGGAAGGAAAGGCAAGCCCGGAGAGCUGCAUUUGCUGCAGGUCAACAAUGUGCUGAUAUCCGGAUGACUCAAAAAACAGAGCGUGCACGAUCAUUAGCCCUUACCGACGAUUCAUCCACCCUCAAUAUCGCACGACUGAGCGCUUCCUCUAUCAGCGCCCGGUCUAUCGAACCCCCAGAACACCUCGAGCCAACACCGCAAACCCCAGGAACCGAGCCACCGACCCCAAGCGCCGUAGAUUCGAGUCAAGAUAUCGAAGCCUCUGACACCGACAAGCGGCGCGGAUCGGUUCCGGAUUUCGGGAUGGAUUCUCCCUCGCGGACACUGCCACCCUUGUCCCGUAGCCGAGCGGGGACUUUGUCAUGGCAGCAACGCCCCUCCUCGCGGGAUUUCGGCAUGUCACCCGGUUCAACAUCCCCAACUCGCUCCCCAACUCGCGCAAGCCACCUCAGAAACUUGUCUACCGCUUCGGAUGAGAAUACACUAUCUCGACUUCAAUUUGGGUUCCCGCGGCCCUCGAAGGACGCCCCUGUGCUCCCUCCAUCGCCAGAUCGCGGGGCUGGAGAUCGUGGAGCUGGGUCGUUAGCACACAAUGAGAAGGAAGAACAGAGUGAUAUCCAAACGGACGUGGGUAUGGGGCAUCAGGAGCCGGAAGUGGGUGAAGAGUCAAGUACCGAACUAGAUAAACACGCGGCAGUAGAAGAGAGAUCAUCGUCGCCUCCGAGAACCGGUUCUCGCGAUAGCAACAUGAGCCAUCGCUUCUCUGUAUCAUCCGUUUCGGCCACUGGGCUCGGAUCGCCAGUGCACCUGUCAGAGACUCCAAAGCUCGAGCCUCGACAGAAUGAUUCCUCCUUUGAGGAAUCUGUGUCGCCCUCUCCAACCCAGCGGCGGAUGUCACCAGAGCGAACACGGUCGACCUCACCUACCAAGGGUCUAGGAGGCUUUGUUCAGAGUGCUAUGAUGAGAAGAUCAGAUAGUGUGUCAAAGAGGUGGAGUGCGCAAACUCCACAGGGGCUCGGGCGGUCAAAUUCCAUUGUGUCAAAUCGCAGCAGUGUGGCAGGUCCAGGUUUGAGUGAAAUGACCCCUCCAGCUCUUGGGCGAAUUGGACGUGAACCUUCAACUCUCCUGCAACGACCAGGCUCCAGUCACAGCGAGGCACCUACCGAGACAACCGAACGACCAACCACACCGGCGGAUAGAGACAGUGUGAAUUUUGAAAGCCCAGGAAAAUCAUUUCGACCUAGUCACUCGCGUUCUGCUAGCUCUGCCACCGCAGAAGGCGGCGACGCUCAAAGUCCAUUUGUCUCCAAAACAAUGGACCCCAGGCGUUGGAGCCCCAGCAAGGCUUCUUGGUUGGAGAGUGCUCUCAACCGACCAGAGCUACCACGACAAACCACUAGACCCCCCUCGCAGCCUAACUGGGCAAAAGACCGGCAGUCGCGCGGUAGUGUGGAUUUGGGGCGAGUCAACAAUUUUAAGGAAGUCACACCUCUCGGUUUGAUGCGAACACCCCCGCCAGGAACUCAAACAAAACUACCUGGGGUCUCUGGUCCAUCGCUUCCUACAAGCCCUAUUAAGGAUGGUGUCCCUGAGUCUCCAUCAGGAUUCCCUCUGAAGAAAAUUGGUGUCUCUACUCCAUCACUUCCUACGAGCCCCACCAAGGAUCUCGUUCCUGAGUCUCCAUUAGGAUUUCCUCUGAAGAAAAUCGGCGCCUCUGGUCCGUCGCUUCCUUCGAGCCCCGUGAAGGAGGCAGCCCCCGAGUCUCCGUCUGGCUUCCCCUUCAAAAAGCCAAGCAUCUCGGGUUCAUCGAUUCAUAGGAACUCUGUCUCGGAUCCUCCCUCUGAAUUCCCUUUCAAGAGGCCUGGUACCUCUGGAGGGUCAGUCAUUGGAAGCCCUGAAGGCAAGCUUAAAGAAACAGCACCUGAGUCUCCCUCAGGAUUCCCUUUCAAAAAGCCCAUCAGCUCGGGCUCAUCACUCCACAGGAACUCCGUCUCAGAGCCUCCAGCAGAAUUCCCACUCAAGAGGCCCAGUGUCUCUAGUCCAAGCCUCGUCAAGGAGACUGUUCCUUCUUCUCCGUCGGAGUUCUCAUCCAAGAAACCCAGUAUUUCUAGUCCCUCGGUCCCUGGAACGCCCGAAGCCAAAUUGAAGGAGACAGCCCCACAAUCCCCAUCAGUUCUCGACAGCCCUGACGCCGGACAAACAAACGAGGAAACCCCAGAGGAAACCCCAGUAUCUCCAUCGCCUGUCGAGGAAGCUCUCAAUGCCCUAUCAGGCGACGCACCGGCGGAGCAACCUAAGUCUACCUCUCCCGCUAAAACGGAGAAUGAAUCGCAAGAACUACCGGCAUCUGAAGAGUCUGAGCCUCAAUCUACUCCUACUCGUAGGGUCCCUCCCGACUCGUUGAGCCCCAAACCCAACUUUUCCAUUUCUACUUCUUCACGGGGGCCAAUUUCACCCAAGGCAAAGCCACAAUCUCCUGUUGUGGACUUCCGAGCAAACCUACGGAAACGAGAAGUCGUCAAAGAUAACAGUGGUGGCGAGGAACCUGAAUUUAAAAAUGUAUUUGGGCGCCUCAAAAAGACCGAAACUCGCAAUUAUGUUGCACCGGAUGAGCUCAAGGGCAAUAUCCUACGAGGCAAAGCUGCCUUGAACACCACCGGCGGACCAAAGAAGACCGAGCGAGUUGAUGAAUUUAGGAGGAGCCUUGUGACACGCAAAGAUGAAAUGAAAGCCGGUGGGGGCUCCAUCAGACGGAAUACCGCGGGAGAGCAGGAUGCGCCGCCAAAACCGGCCGAGGUCGUACCAGAAGCAAUUGCUAUGCGACAAAAUAUGACCCGAGCAAAUAGCAUAAAGCAGGCGCCUGUGGAUGAGCCGAUGUUGCCCGCCAAGACCUUUGAUUCUCGAACUUCACAGGACAGACCACCAUUGUCGUCCCCGAGUUCAUCCUUAAAAAGCAUUGGUGUAUCGCGAGCUUCUCAGGAAUUACAGCCGUUGUCGCCAUCUCCUGCCAACGAUGAGCCGACGUCGCCCGCCAAGAGCUUUGGUUCUCGAGUUUCACAGGACAGACCACCAUUGUCGUCCCCGAGUUCAUCCUUAAAAAGCAUUGGUGUAUCGCGAGUUUCUCAGGAAUUACAGCCAGUGUCGCCAUCUCCUGCCAACGAUGAGCCGACGUCGCCUGCUAAAAGCUUUGGUUCUCGAGCUUCGCAAGAAAGACCCCAAUUGCCGUCCCCGAACUCAUCUUUCAGAAGCAUCGGUACAUCGCGAGCUUCUCGAGAACUACAGCCAUUGUCGCCAACUCCUGCCAACGAUGAGCCGGGCUGGCCCUUGAAAGAUACCAGUUCUUGGAGAGCGUCUCAAGAAUCACAGCCAUUGUCUCCGUUCCCUGCUGAUGAUCCCAUUGAUGAGCCCGAGACAAUCCCAGCGGCGAGUGACUACAAGCAGACUCCUGAGGUAGUCCCUUCAGCGGACCGGGAGGAAACCCGCGAAGCCGUGGCACCAAUUGAGCACAGCCCAGUGAAGAUGCAAGAGCCCUCGGUGAAGACACUCCGGCCAGUUCGUCAAUGGCCACCGGCACCUGUCUCAGAGGCUACCGUGACUCCAGCCCCAACAGCUAAAAGCAAGUUGGCGGGCCGAAUCAACCCUGCGCUAGCUGGCCUGCUUUCUCGUGGUGCUCCUGCCAGUGACGGACCGAAGAAGCAGCUGUCAACCCCUGUUUCAACGCAGAGUGACCCUGCUUCGCCAUCUGCGCCUCUCACGCACAUCACAAAGGGUCGUGCCAGAGGCCCGAAGAGACGACUUCCCCAGACAACUGAUAUCUCGACCCCGUCCGCUCGGGAUGAUACUAAGGAGGUUGGUGCUAUUUCAUGCUCUGAAGCCAUCCCGUCCCAGACUCCUACAAUCCCUGUUGAAUCCUUGGACAUCGAUUCAGAGUACCUGUCGCAGCCUGAUGAAAACCCAGUUCCUGACAUCACAAACCUCCGUUCAGAAAGCCCAGUCACCGAGCAACUUCCGGAGGUGAAUCCUUCUCCACAAGAUACCCUCGAACGCGAUACGCCCCAAAGCGGAUUCCCCCAAGCGCUUCAGACCCGUUCCCCAGCAACGGAUUUCGAUAUUUUCCCCUCCGCCAACCUUGAGGAGACAUCCAGGGACCCCGAAACCCCUGGAGAGGUGAGUCCACCAAGCGGACCACCUGUCCCGCCGAAGUUCGAUCCUCCGGCGUCCGAUCCUCCCACGUCCCCCUUGCCUGUAACACCAAAGCCACAAUGGGGCCAGCCAAACCGGUUUGCGUCCUCAUCACCAUCCCCUCUCCGAACAAGUCACAAAGAGAACCAAAUGGACUCACCAAUGAGUCAGCAGAAGAGCAUCCCCGGUGUUAUCGUCGAGUCAGCACGCAGUUCCGUCUCACGGCCCAUGAGCUAUCCCUCCCCGCCAGUACCCCCUAAAGAUGGCGAGGUUAUGCUUCCCAAGCCAACCGAUCCGCGCAGACUUUCAAGAAAGAUGUCUGCUCCGUCACUGGUUGCGCAGGCUAGUGAGGCACGUGAGGUAAUUGCAGGCUUCUUCAAGACACUCCCCGACGCUCGAAACCGGAUGGACAUUGAUCCCCAGCUGAUGUUGAUGCGUAAGCCGGACGAUGUAAAGAUCAGGACCGUAAAGCGACAGAUCUGGGAGCUCACAGGUGAUGGGAGGCGUCAGGAACUUCCUUCUCACCAGGAGUACAUCCUAUACCAAGGCAGCAUGUAUCUAUGCGUGCACACAUUCGAGAGCGGACGAAGCAGCACCUCGGAAGUAUACCUUUGGCGUGGAGACGAUGUCCCCGAAGCCUCGGUAGAUAAUGAACAGCCGUUUGCACGCAAGGUCGCUCGUGAUAAUAGUUCCAAGUUGCAAGUCAUUCGACAAGGCAAUGAGCCUACACGGUUCAUCCAAGCACUUGGCGGCAUUAUGAUCACGCGUCGGGGAUCCAGUUCUCGCCACAAUUCAUCGGCACUCUACAUGCUUUGUGGCCGGAAACACUUGGGCGAGAUGACCUUUGAUGAGGUGGACUAUUCACUGCGCAACCUCUGCUCUGGUUUCCCUUACGUUGUCUCUGCUCCCUUUGGCAAACUGUACUUAUGGAAGGGCAAAGGCAGUGGGCCUGAAGAAACCGGUGCAGCCCGGCUUAUCGGCAUGGAUCUAGGUCUCACUGGAGAGUUUGAAGAGGUCACCGAGGGUGAAGAGCCGGAGGAUUUCUUCGACGUCUUUGCAGGCCCCCGGGAGGCCGCGCCGCACAUGUGCCAAGAUCACUGGCAGCUCAAGCCGAAAUACAACCACUUCCGCACGCGACUUCUCCGGGUCGACCACGAACUGAACCCACCAACGCGUUUCUGGAAUAUCCGUCGUCCGGGCGCAAGUUCACCAGUGGUCAAGGCCAACGAUUGCGUUCAAGAAAUCGAGCCAUUCUGCUACCGAGACAUCACUGAGAAAGACGUAUACGUUCUGGACACCUUCUUUGAAAUCUAUGUGAUCAUCGGCGAGCAAGCUUCACAGAAGUCUGCCGAUUUCGCCUCGGCAGUGGUCUUCGCGCACGAGUAUGGUAUCCUUGCCACAUCCCUCCAGGACCGACCAUUCAUCCCCAAAAGCUUCGUGGCCCUCGGCGGCGUCCCUGACCGCUGCCAAAGCGCAUUCCGCAAAUGGAACCCACGAAACCAACAUGCGCCUUUCGUGUUCUCUCUGGAUGUUGUUAUCGAAGCGAUUCGAUCACCAGAGAAUUGA